AUGAGGAAACAAACACACGUGUUCAUAGACACCGGUGUGGAAGACACGCCCACACACAGAGACGCAGCGUCACUGUUUCCUGGUCACAAGCGUAUAAAUUGUGGCGUCUGCAGUCAGAGAGUCAGUCAGCUCAGACAACAAGACACUGAGAGGAAGAAGAAGAAGAAGCAGAAGAAGAAGCAGAAGAAGCAGAAGAAGAAGAAGCAGAAGAAGAAGCAGAAGAAGCAGAAGAAGAAGCUCAUCCUGAAACACAUCAUGUGGACCGUGGUUGUGUUGUUCGUCCUUGCGACAGCUGGAUGCUGGGCACAGUAUUAUGAAAACGAAGAAGGAGGCCUGUUGGCUCGUUUCUGUAGCGAUAAAGAAGCUGUGUCUCAGAUCAAAAGCACCUACGUUGGCAGCGAUCGCAUUUGGAACAUUGAGUGCAAACCUUUCAUAGCUCUGAACACAGACUGCUCCUGGUCCGGCUUCAUCAGUUUGAAUGAGAAGGAACUCAACUUCAACUGCAAGGCCAAUCACGUGAUCACCGGCGUCUACAGCAUUUACAGCCCUGAACAGCAGGACAGAGAAUGGAACUUCCUCUGCUGCUCUGUGGAUAAACUGAUCACAUUUGAGUGCCGGGAAAGUCCGAAGCUCAACUACUACAACGAAGACUUUAAUUGGCUUGUCCCCGGAGACAACUACCUGACAGGCGCCCGCACCCACAACAACAACAACAACGGAGAUCAUCGCUGGAGUUACAACUACUGCAGAGCGAUAUUACUAGAUACCCAGGCAGUCAGUUCACAAAUCCUCGCUGCAAACAGUCCAAUCGCAAACCUUCUGACACAAGGAGACGUUGCUGUCCCGGCAACGAGGAGCGCUAGAGUCUGCGACAACUGCAGAUGGACCAAGUCAAAUGAUCUGGUUCAAGUGCCGUACAUCCUAAGUGAUUCCUUCAGCAGCUCCAACAAGGCCACCAUUCAAAAUGCCAUCAACGGCCUCCACCUGAGCACCUGCGUUCGCUUUGUUCCUCUUAAUGGCCACAACAACUACGUCAGCAUCGUGAAGCAAGAAGGAUGUUGGUCAUAUGUGGGAAGAACCGGAGGGUCUCAACAAUUAUCUCUGGGAGAUGGCUGCCUCAGUGACGGCAUCAUUCAGCAUGAGCUCCUCCACGUCCUCGGCUUCUGGCACGAGCAAAGUAGAACCGACAGGGACCUUUACGUCCAGAUCCACAAAGACAACGUCCAGGACAAUCAACUACAAAACUUCGACAAACUGGACACAUACAACCUGAAUGUUCCAUACGACUACUCCUCUGUCAUGCAUUACGGCCCGACGGACUUCUCAAAGAACGGACUGAACACCAUCUCCGCCUUGUUAUCCACAGCAAAUAUGGGCCAGAGGAUCGGCAUGUCCGAAAAUGACAUUCUGAAAAUCAACAAGCUUUACAGCUGCACUGAUUACCUCCAUAAGAAAGGAGAAUGGGACAACGAGUUGGGAGAAACUUUGAGUCGCCAGUGUCCUUCUGGUCAAGCUGUGUCCAGCAUCACAAGUUUCCACAACAACAACAUAAACGAUCGACUGUGGGGGAUCACGUGCAAAGCUUUCGAGGAAACCAAGGCCUGUUUCUGGUCAGAUUUCGUGAACGAUUUCCGGACACCAAUAAACUUCAAAUGUGCAGACAACAAAGUGAUUUCUGGGGUCUACAGUUCGUACAGCAGUUCACUCACAGACAGAAAGUGGAAGUUUCUGUGCUGCAGUGCACCUGACGUUUCCUUGUUCAACUGCCAAGAUGAACCAGUGACCAACUACUGGGACGAAUACUUCCACUGGAAAGUGGCCAGCAACAAUUACCUCACAGGAGUGACGAGCUCGUUUGACACUCAGACACAGGAUCGGCGAUGGAGUUUCUCUUACUGUCAGAGGAAAGUUCAGUGAAGCUGCUUCUCAAGCUGCAUCUCCGAUCAGCAUGACACCACCUGCAGGUCUUUCUGAGAAGUGCACGAACACAAAGGUCCCUGAGAUAUUUAGUCUAGCACAAGCUUUACCAGCUUUAUAUCAUGAAGGACUUUGUCAAAUUGUUUCUAUUGUUUUAUCAGUUUUCUGUUGAAAUAGAGAUUCUUAUCAACUUCCAUCUGCGAGCUGUAGUGAGAAAUCUGAAAGACUCUGUUGCACUUUAUUAAAGCAGCAGCUUUGUAAGCAUCACUGGUUGGGUUAUAAUGGGCUGCAUUUAUCAAGAUCAGAAGUGCUGAUGUAAGAUCAUUAAGAAAGUGCCUGCAGCCGUCUCCUCUCAUAAUGACCCGAGCACACAGACCGGUCUCCGUCCUGCUGCACAGAACCCCCCCGUCACUGUGGAGGUGGUGUUUGAGUGCAGCGGCUCGGGGACCCUGGUUUUCCUCUGGAGGUGUGUCGGCGUCGGGCGGUGGCGUGCUGAGCGGCUGGCGGAUGGUUGUUGUCUUCCUCCUCUCUCUCCUGGUGUAUUCUUGGAUUGUGAACUGAAAUACUUGCAUCGUCUUGUUUUGCAAUGAACUGCUGAUCUAGAUUAGAUCAUGGGCUCGUUCCUCGUUCAGGUGGAACGUUCUUUAACGAUGAAAGAUUUUAUAAAUGAACCUGACCUGGUUGUGUGCUGUUUAUCAUUCAGCUGUGGGUUUAUAAUGAAAUGUUCAUAUCUGAUUCCUGUGCAGCAAUUCAUGUGCAUAUUGUACAUUUUGGGACAAAAACUGUAAUUGUUUCAUGUGUGUUUUAUUUCUUGAAAUAAAGUCAACAUAAAUAACAACA